CCAAAAAAUAUGGCAAAGUUCAUGGUCGUAUUACUAUUCCUCACCGCAAUGGGUAUGUUUGCUUCGUGUGAUAUACCCAAUGUGUUUGAGUUUUGUACUGCUCUCAUGUCUGACAGACAAAACUCUUGCAAUGUGGCAACAUGCCGAGGAAGGUCGGGCAAGAGAGGACCAAUUGGUCCACUAGGAAACAAAGGUGAAAAAGGAAACACUGGCGCAACAGGAACAUCGGAAGCACUAAAAGGAAGAGUAAAGGAAUUGGAAGAUACGGUUGCCUCAAUGAAGAAAGUCUUCACAUCGAAAUUGGAAUUCUGUUCAAUGGGAAUGAAGUCCAGAGAAAUUCUGGAUUCAGAUAUAUCGACAUCAUCGGAUUGGGAAAGUUUUCAUCAUGGACAAUACGGAAGAUUAGAUGAACAGCCUGCAUCUAAUCCAACUUCAUAUGGAGCAUGGAUUUCUCGAAAUAAUAGAAUUGGAGAAUGGAUUCAAAUCGAUUUAAAAAUACCUAAAUCAGUGUCCGGAGUUGUGACACAAGGUCGACCGAAAGUAAAAAGUCAGUGGGUGACUUCCUUUAGAGUCAAAUGUGGAAAUUCUACAACAAGUUUUCAGGCUAUCAUGGAAACUAAUGAAGAGAAGGUAUUUCCAGGGAAUAGUGAUCGAGACACCAAAGUCACAAAUAUAUUUCCCAAUCCACUGGUUUGCCGCUACGUCCGACUUUACCCUCAGAGUUGGCACGGUCACAUUUGCAUGAGAAUGGAAAUACUCAGAGGAGAAUGCUACGACUUAUACUGAGAAACGAAUGAAAGAGACAACAAACUUGUGUUGAAUUGCUUGUUUUUAAAAUCAUUAAAUAUUUGUGGAUGAACGUGAUUUUUUGUGUGCAUUUAAUGUUGUUGAAAAUUUGAUGUUACA